CCCCACGAUUUGUCGUGACGUCACACAGCAAAACAAAUUUGGUCGCAGAGCCCUGGCCAUAGUUCGGGUGUCCUUUGUUUUCCUUUGUGUGCUGACUAUGGUUUGUGUUUCCCGACCAAUACAAACCAUAGUUAAGCAGUGAAGCAAUACUGGCAUCGUCUUCAGGUUCCGAAGACGGUGGUGUUUCGCCCCCACCGCGCAAAAAGCUACGCAUCUCUUGUGGUAACAUGCAGGCCAAUGGCUGCCCACAGCACAAUGGAGAGAGCGAGGAGGCGACGACAUCGCAACAGAACGGAUUGUGUCCUGCUGCGAACGGAGAUAUAAUCGAAAAUUCAAAAUCUUCGUCAAUGAAGGCCUUGUCGAGAACUGACCAAGACAUUGUUCGUCUCAUCGGCCAGCAUUUGCGAGGCCUUGGACUGAACCAAACAGCAGAGCAACUCAUCGCAGAGUCGGGAUGCAUGCUGGAACACCCAUCAGCAGCAAAAUUCAGGACUCACGUCAUGGAGGGUGACUGGGAGAAGGCUGAUCAUGACCUAAGUGAGUUGAAGAACAUGGUGGAGUGCUCACAAGGAACCCUGAAAAUGAAGUUCCUUAUCUUGGAACAGAAGUACUUAGAAUACCUAGAGGAUGGGCGAGUCAUGGAAGCACUGCAUUGCCUACGCCAUGAGCUCACACCUUUGAAAUACAACACAGAACGUGUCCAUGCCCUCAGCACGUACAUGAUGUGUAGCAAUCCUGAGGAUCUUCGUGAAACAGCAUCAUGGGAAGGGAAAGGCCCAGAAUCUCGACAAAAACUGGUGGAGAAACUUCAAAUGUUUUUGCCACCAAGUGUCAUGUUGCCUCCACGCCGACUGCUGACACUUCUUAACCAGGCUGUUGAUCAGCAACGUGAGCGCUGUCCCUUUCACAACACACGCCUCGACAAUGACCCCUCAUCUGUAUGCCUCCUGAUUGACCACGCUUGCAGCAAAGAUCAAUUUCCAUGUUUCACAACACAGAUUUUGCACGAUCAUUGUGAUGAAGUGUGGUUCUGCCGCUUUUCACCUGAUGGUACAAAAUUGGCCUCGGGUUCUAAAGAUGGCACUUUAAUUAUAUGGGAUGUAGAUUUGGAAACACAUGAAGUUCGGACAAGAAAGACACUUGACAACCAUUCAUAUGGCAUAGCAUUCAUAGCUUGGAGUCCUGACAGCUCACACGUUAUUGCUUGUGGACCAGAUGACUGUGCAGAGCUUUGGAUAUGGAAUGUGAAUACAGGUGAUCUCAGACAGAAGCUCAGCCAUUCCCCAGAAGACAGUUUGACGAGUGCUACCUGGCAGCCUGAUGGUCGUAAAUUUAUAGCAGGUGGCACGCGAGGCCAGUUUACAUUUGUGUAAGAUUUAGAUGGCAAUGUCUUAGAUAACUGGGAGGGUGUUCGUGUACAGUGCCUUGUUUGUCAACCAGACAGCAAGAUAGUUCUUGCUGCAGACACCCAUCAUCGUAUCAGGGGAUACAAUUUUGACGAUUUAACAGACUUUCAUAUAUUGCAAGAGGACCACCCUAUUAUGUCUUUCUCAAUUAAUGACACAGGGAGGCUAGCAUUACUAAAUGUAGCCACUCAGGGAGUACAUUUAUGGGAUAUCAAAGACAGAGUGUUGGUACGGAAGUUUCAGGGAGUGACACAAGGCUACUAUACUAUCUUCUCAUGCUUUGGUGGCCUCAAUCAGGACUUUAUUGCCAGCGGCAGUGAAGAUCAUAAGGUAUACAUCUGGCACAUUAAGCGUGAUCAGCCAGUGGUGGUAUUAGAGGGUCACACACGCACAGUUAACUGUGUCCAUUGGAACCCCAAACAGCCAAGCAUGCUUGCAUCAGCUUCUGACGAUGGGACUAUUCGCAUCUGGGGGCCUCUGUCUAAAGUACGGCAAGACAGCGAAUCUGGCCGUAGUACACCAGUAUGACAGCGUGGGUGCUAUUGUGUGUAGCAGCUUCCAUCCUAUACGUCAUCCUGAUGUCAUCUCAUGCACUUCCUCUGACCAUGUCUCCACCUGAUGGUUUUGAAGGCAACCACACUCGACUGAAAGGAUCUGUUUCCAAACUGCAGCAAUGGAGCAGAAAAAACAUUGCUGUCCACCCACAUUCACAUGACCACCUUCCACCCUCCCUCAAAAAAAAAAAGAAAAAAUGCUGGAGCAUGCAAAAAAACCCAUCCUUCUCCCUGGAUUGGUGGGGGAGUGUUUUCUUGGAGCAGGAGUUUUGUGUUGAUGCUGUCGGGAUUUUUGUGUUAAGAGUUGCUGGAUGCUAUGACAUCUCAUUUGAUGAUGGUAAUGUGGACUGUGAUGGAGAACAUUUUUGUGGAUGAUUCUUGAGCAGGAAAAAACCCCAGCUAGACCAAUAACGGUACAAUCCAGUACAAUCAUGAGUGUGAAUUAAAAAAAAGAAAAUUGAACCUCGGCAUCUUGCUGUGAUGAGUGGGAGACGGGGUAGUAGAGGGUGAGAGAGAGGUCACCUAUUCACAGUUGUAACUUAUGUGGUAGGUGUUUGAUGCACACAGUCAUAAACUGGACUCCACGUGGGUUUACUUUGCCUUCUGAUUAAAUCAUUAAGAAAAUUUCAGAGUGCAUAGAAGAGUUGGUCAUAUUUCAAAGGAUGUCAGAUGGGUGUUACAACAUAACUGUUUGCGAGUUGUUUUGAUACUGUUGUGGAGGGUGAUAGUAUGGGGCCUCUGUGAUAGAAUGUGUCUGAUGGGUAGGGAAGAGGAUGUACUGCAGUUGUUCUGAUUGGUGUAUGUAAAGAUGAUUUAGUUCUUCAUGCUUGCUUCAGUGCUUUUGAACAUCUAUAUGACAUUGCUUACAAAACUGGCAUAAUCUUUUGCUUUCUUCUUGCUCUUUUUCCAUGACUCCUCAAGCUAGGAAACUUAGGAUUGAGAGAGUAAUUUUUGUUUGUUUUUGCACAUGGCUGGCGUCUAAACAAGGUAGACCUGCACUUCCUGUAAACUGAAGGAUGAAUUUUAUAAUUAGGAUCACCACUUCAUAGGGAGAAGAAGAAGAAAAGAGAAUUUGGGUAGCGUAGUCAAAAUUAAUGGCUUGAUGGUGGCAAGAAAGAGCGACAUUUUGUUCCUCAGAUGUGGCAGCUUGACAGCUUUAUUGGCCUAAAAAAAUGGUAUUGUCAUAAGGCAUUCAUUAAUGUUUUGAGCCUCUAAGGAUGUGUAUAUGGAUAUGUGCUACACGGAACUGACUAGUGGGAUAUUGGGUAAGGCAAGGGUGCAAAGGCAAUAGAGAAGGGCAGGACAAAUAUAUUACUCUGCGCAUUGUUAUUCCCUGCAAAAACUUGAAUAAUUUUGGUUACUUUUCACCUAUUCACAUUGGCUGACUGAAGGAUUUUUAAAUAAUUUUGUUGUUGUUUGUUGGUUCUCCUACUUUUCUGUCUUAACACCCAUUUUCCUUUGUUAGAUAUUUUUUUUUGAUUCAAGAAAAGCUUGCUUUUUAUUAUCGCUUGACAAGUAAAAGAAAUGUCUUUUUUGUAGAGGAAUUAUGUAGAAGUCAUUGUUAUGGCAGAGAUGUUGGCUAGGCCCAUAAGUACAGGUGAAAGACUUGCCAGUAGGAGAGACAGGGUCAUAACAAAGAUGUGCCCUUCAAAAAAGCCAAAGCCGACGGCUUCAUAAAUUUAGGUCUUGCUGAAAUCAUGAGUUUUACUUCCAGUGUUCACAUCUUAUUAACAGCAAUUGAGCUUAAGUUUAUUUAUUAGGACAUUAAUAAGUCUUGAGUGAUAUUCAGUCUUACAAUAUUCUUCUCACUCAUAAAGUCAGUAGUAAUAUUUUAGCUGGGAAAAAUGUGCUUUUUUUAACUUUAAAAAAGAAAAAUUUACAUUAAUCUUGCACUGAAGAUAACAUUUAUUAAAAAAUAAUAUACUUUGAAAUAGAAAUAAUAACUAAAUUUUUAGUAGAGUGUGAACUUCCCUUGAUAUCUGAAUCGCACGUAGUGAAUGAACUUUUUUUAGGUGUCCACAGUGGUGACAUUUUUGUAACUUUUUAAAGAUGCAGACAUGAAUGAAACAUUUUAUUGGAUUUGUAAGAAUAUAGUAAAGUUAUCUUUGGGAGAUAUUGCAGAUGCUGAUUUAAUCCGAAGGUCUUACAGAAAAUAGGGACUGAGGGAGAGUAGUAGUUGGAGAGAUUGUGUGUGGGUAACAGUAUAGUUUUGAUUCUUACGUGAUGUGAUGGCAAAAUUACUAGCUGUUAGAGAGUUGAUGGUUUUUCUAGACACCAUUUUGCACUGUACUUGAGCAGUAUUGCCUGAAAGUGUACCUGUAUAAAAAACAUAUAUAUGAUGAAAGUAUAGAAAAUAUAAGUUCUGCCAAAAAAAGGAAGGAAAUAGCCAGCACUACAAAAUGUAUGUGAUUAAAAAGAUGGGAUCCAAAACUUAGGAAGGGGAUUACAUUCGCUUGUGUAUAUCAUGCAUGAACUUUUGUUAUGUCUUGCCAGUCCUUGGUUGUUAAAACUAAUAUACACCUUCCUUUGAAUUGAAAGCACUUGGUAAAGCUUACAAUGUAUUUUUUUUCCUGGAUGCUGAUUUGAGACCAUACUGCAAUGACAUGUAUGCACGUUGAGAGCUGUGUGUUUAGAGCAUUCUAAGAAGUGGCCUGUGAAAAUUCCUCCUGAAGAAGUUCGUUUAUUGCUGGCUUUCAUCAGCUACCACCCAGUUUUAGCAGAACUCUUCCUAUGCAGGUGAAGCUGCUAGAGCAACCUUGUAAAUGUUGUGCAGCUCUUUUUGCAAGGGUUGAUCUGACUGAUCAUGGGAGCAGCAUAUGUUCCUGUCAAAGUGUUUAAAGAAAGGAAAUUAAAAAUUAUGUCAGUGACUUAAAAAUAUGCUGGUUUUUUAAAGACUUGUAAACAUACAGUAGAUAGAUUUUUUUUUGUUUUGUUUUGUUUUUGCUGGCCUGGUCUUCAUUUUUUAGAAAUGUAAAAAUGAUAUGGUGAUGGUCUCAUGAGUAGUGAGUUCACUGUGGUGUAUGGUGUUUAUUUAUAACAGUGUAGGGUCCACUAAUGCGGGAAAAGUUUAUUUAUUGAGAGGCCAGCUAGCACUUUGACAAGGAUCUGAGAACUCUAAGGAUUAGCAUAUCUUUAUAGGUUGUAAUUCCUAGUGCCAACAUGGUAAUGCAUGUUUUGUAGUUCAAGAUUCUUGAGCAACUACAAGUCUUUUUUUUUUUUUGUUUGUUUGUUUUGUAUAUUGAGGCUUAAUACAAAACCCUUCCACAAAAGAUCUGCAUAAAGUAUUGGAUAGCUCUUCGUUAAAAUAAAAAGUAAAAUGAAAGCUGAAAUUUUCAGCAUGAGCUCUUGGUAAUGUCCAGAUGUGAGCGCAUUGCCUUGUGGUUCUGUAAUAAAAUGGUAGUAAAUAUUAUUUGUAUAAACUUAUAUAUAGACAAGACAUAUUCUAUUUCCCUAGCAUAUCUGUGAAUAGUAUGUCCAGAGUAAAAGCCUGUCUGCAGGAUGGCAAAGCUUUUGGGGACGAAUGAUUUAAGUAAAAAAAAAAUUGCUCAGCUAGUCAGUAGUAAGUGUUUACAUGGACAAAAGCUUUGUGUACUAUUUGGUGGAGUUGUAUGUGAGAUAAUGCUAUCUUGUAGCAGCAUCAGUAUCCUAAACUUGCUUUCUUCAAGGGAAGGUGUUGGCCUAUAUGCAUCACUUUUUCCAUUUAUGGAUGUCUUAGUAUAUCAGUUCUAGUGCUUUGCACUUUAUUCUUAACAGAUUUACAGUUUUACAUGACCAGCAGGUAGUGUGUUGUCUCUGUCGAGUAACCGUAGUUGAUGAAGCAAGAAUAGAAUUUUCUCAAAGCAUAAUCUUAAUUGAUCCUGCAAGAAUGUUCAAAGUAUUGUUUGCAUGGCAGUUUGAAUGAAAUAUUGAUGGAAUGGGGGAGGGGGAACCUUUCCAUUAUUACACUUGCUCUGGCUGUCACCGAAGGUUGAUAUGACGAAAGUUUACUGCCUGGAGCAGCUUCUUUCAUUGCAGGACAGUUAGGAUUCCUUAAUGUCCAUACUGAACAUAAACAAUAUAACAAAAUAUCCUAUACCUCAUUAUUUUGUGUUCGAAAUAAAAUUAUAACUCAUUAAUUUGCUCCCUUGCCUAAACAACCUCUUAUUGUGUUCGCAUGGAAACCUCCCACCUUCCUCCAUUCAGAAAGCAGAGAUCUUUACAGGAUAAUGCACAUUUUUGAUGAUCUUAAGUGAAACAAAUCUUAAAAAGUGUAAUGUUCAGCAAGUUAAGUAUGCACUGAUGUAUUCCAGUGGACAUUGGUACGGGAUAUCUGUCAAGCCUGCCAUGGCGAGCAGGAGGUUUAUAGCGCAAGUCAGAUUACUACAAGCACAGUUUAUGUUGGUCUUAAGCAUAAUCUCUUGUUAAUUAUGUUCUGUGGUUGGCUGGUCCUGUUCAAGUAAGUGAUGUAGCUGUUGGCUUCAUGAAUAAGACUGCAUCAGCAACGAGCCAGAAUCAUCUGUUUGGCCCCUUUGUGCCUAGGUCAGUGGUUCUCAAAGUGUGGUCCGCGGCUGAAAGUCGUCAUGUCAGCAAAGUGAUGUUUAAAAUGAUGCAUUCCUCGCUUUAACAUUUGAAUUACAAAGAACGAGGUAUACGUAGUUCUAUGUCAACUUAUUACUAUACUACUGUCACAAAAGACAUUUAGUUUUGAAGUUGUAAUGAAACAAAUGCCUCAAUUUAAAUUUGAAAUUCAUAUACAGAGUGAUUUUUUGGCCUUGGUGGUCCGCCAUAUUUUUUACUUAAGUAAAGUAGUCCGCGGUCCGAAAUACUUUGAGAACCACUGGCCUAGAUGAUUAAUGUCACGGCUUAUUUUCGGCAUCUGAUUGUGAGAGUGUAAAGUCUACAUGACAGUGACAGGCUGUAAAACAUGAUAGUGGGUUUAAUGUUGCAAAACUAUUUUUUAAUAAUUGGGUGAAGCUUAGUAUAAGAGAAUAUUUCCCAACAUCUGGGUGACUACAUCCCUUCUUUUGCAGAAACAUGUCUACAAACAUCAGUGUGAGCAGGUCAGAAUUAUGAUGUAAUAUUUGUACACAAAUAAAUCUCAUUGAACCCAGGUGUCAUUGGCCGAGGCCUUUGCAGCAUAAGUGAUUCAUGCACAAUCCUGACAUCUUGUAUCAUUGAUCUUUUUCUAUGCAUGGUCAUAUUUGUAUCUUGAGAACAGAAAGAAUGGGGUGGAGGUUUUCACCUAGAUUUGGGCUCUGCUGUGUGGCUUCUCUUAUGUUGUAAUUUGCAUGGCUGAAUCAUGUUAACAGCAUAUAGCUGGUUCAGUAAUGCAGCUGUUACAGUGUAGCAUCAUAAAGUACAAAUCAGAGGAGUUGUUAAAAGGUACUUAACCCAGUUGCAAAAAUCUCCAUUGCUGGCGAGCAAUUAAGAAUGUCCUUACCAAAAACUGAUGCAAAACAGUUGCUAUGUGUAGAUGGUCUUCCACAGAAUUGUAGAUAAGGCCAUGUAAAAUGUGAACAGUCAAAAUUUAGUUCAUGAAGGUAGAAAUGAAUAAACAAAACACACUUCUCAUGAAGUAGACUUUGCAUUUUUUUUUUUUGUCCAGAUUUUGUUUGGCACAUUUAGCAUCCAAGAGAGAUUGAACAUUUUCAAUUACCCAGAGUUUAUGUAACAUCCAUUGUUCUAGAAUUGUUUGCACAUGCUCCUAAGAGAACUAGAUAGAAUUUGUAUUCUUUUUAUUUUUUGUGUGUGUAAUGUAAUCACUUGAGUAGCUUUGUGCUGGUGAGAACAAGGCCCUUUGAUCCUUCUUGUACCUGUCCACAUCCUGAACUCUGUCCUUCACCCCUUCUAUCACCACCAUUAAUAACCUUAUCAUAUCCUUUUUUUUUCACAGAUGACAUCUGUAAAGUCUCCAGAGAGGUGAAAAUUACAGAGCAAGAUUAGGUGCUUUUGGGUGGGUGGGGCUGACAGCGGAGCUUUUACCAAUUUUUUCGUGUAGUCGUACAUCAUUGUAUUCAGUUAAAUUUUCUGGUAUGUAGAGCAGCUUACACCUUUUGCUCUAUGGCUAUGCUCAAACAUUUGUUUCAUACACUAUCAACAAAAAGGUAAAAAUAGGGAACCUUGAAACUUCUCGUCGUCAACUAAUGCCCACAUAACAUAUGCGAUGUCUUGUAAAAUGUGUAGUUUUGGAUGUCUGGAAUUAAGAAGAAAUAUUUUGCAUGUAUAUUUGUAGAAGAGCAUACACGUGUUAUGAUAUGACUGGCUGCUGUAAGUUCUCAACUUUUAAGAAUCUAGCAUGAGUGAUCUAACAUGAUAAAGUAAACCCUGUAUCCAGAAACUUUGGCUUUCUACAUUUGAAACUCUUGUGUGGGUAAGUGGGUGCUUAACAGUAUGUGUGUGUUUAUGCAACUUCUACAUGAGUGUGUUGUGUGGUAUCGGUAACAGAUUCAUACCAUCUUUGACCCUAAUCACUUUUUUCACUGUCAGGCUCUGUCAUUUCAUACUUGCCUAGCAGUUUUUAAGAUAUAAAAAUAAAGAGAUUUACCAUUUUUUUUUUGUGUUUAAAGUAUGGAAGGCACUAUCUUUUACAUUUCUUCUAAAAAAUAAACCUGUUUACAAUGUU